CUCCAGCCACAGGUUGCACACCUGUGCGUCGGCGUGGCCUGGCCUGGCGUGCACGCGCCUCCAUUCCGACACUGCGCGGACGAGGAGAAGCGACCAAACCGAAACUUCCACGCAACGGAGUCGAAGCGUUUUCCGUUCGAAGCAGGCCACUUCUUACCGGCUGCCUCGCGACGUACCUCGACCGACCGACCGACCGACGGACGAGCGCGCCACGGCGUAACGCCACGUCACGUCACGCCGACUCAAGUAAGCAAAGAAGCACGAAAGUCCGCGAAAAACAACACUCGCGUCCCGCUGAGACUUGACGACGCAGCGGAGCGGCCAUGCUGGACCCGUCCUCCAGCGACGACACCGGCGGGGAAUCCGACCCGGAAGUUGCCCGGGAGCCCGCCACCAAAGCAGACGGUUCCGUCUCGCUCAAGCCGGGCGCCGAGAGUCGGGCGGACGGCAGCCGGCAGGGACAGCCCGCUGCCGCCGCCGCCGCCGCCGCCGCCGCCGCCGCCGCCUCCCCCGGAGACGGGCACAGCGCCCACCAGAACCUUCGAGGCGGCUCCACAGGUGAAGAGGAGGAGAGGCGAGAAGGCGAGCGAGUGCAGCGGGAGGAAGAGGAGCACAAAGUGCAAUUGCAGAUCUACGUGUUCGUGCUGCGAUGCGUCGCUUACCCGUUCAACGCCAAGCAGCCCACCGACAUGGCCCGCCGGCAGCAGAAGGUACACAAGCAGCAGCUGCAAGCGGCCAGGGAGCGUUUUCAGGCCUUCCUCAACGGCGAGACGCAGAUCGCAGCCGACGAAGCCUUCUGCAACGCCGUCAGGAGCUACUGUGAGGGCUUCCUGAAGAGCGAGCGCGUGUCCCGCAUGGUCCAGAGCGGCAGCUGCUCGGCCAACGACUUCCGCGAGGUGUUCAAGAAGAACAUCGAGCGGCGCGUGCGCAGCCUCCCUGAAAUGGACGGCCUGAGCAAAGAGACGGUGCUGAGCUCCUGGUUGGCCAAGUACGACGCCAUCUACGGCGGCGGCGGCGGCGACGAGGACGCCUGGCGGCGGCAGGGGGGCCAGCGUCCGCAUCUCGGCGCUGCCGCCGCCGCCGCCGAGCUCAUCCUCAGCAAGGAGCAGCUCUACGAGAUGUUCCGCCUGGUGUUGGGAGUGAGCAAAUUUGAGCACCAGCUGCUCUACAACGCCUGCCAGCUGGACAACGCGGACGAGCAAGCGGCGCAGAUCCGCCGAGAGUUGGACGGACGAUUGCAGCUGGUGGAGCGAAUCGCCCAGGAGAGGCGGUGCCCCGAGCUGGCGUCGGGCGACGUCCAACUCUACGUGGAAGAGCUGCGCUCCUCCGUCAACCUGCUGAUGGCCAACCUGGAGAGUCUCCCCGUGUCCAAAGGAGGAGCCGACUUCAAGCAGAAGCUCAAGCGCUCCUCCGCCGGCAGCACCUUCCUGGACCUGGGCGACGACGUGGACGUCCUGUCCAAGGCCGACGUCUCGCUGUCCUUCGCGCUGGAGGUGGUGAUCGUGGAGGUGCAGGGUCUGAGGUCGCUGGCUCCCAACAGGAUCGUCUACUGCACCAUGGAAGUGGAAGGAGGCGAGAAGCUGCAGACGGACCAAGCCGAAGCCUCCAGACCUCAGUGGGCCACGCAGGGCGACUUUGUCACCACGCACCCGCUGCCCUGCGUUAAAGUCAAACUCUUCACGGAGAUCACCGGCGUUCUGGCCCUGGAAGACAAGGAGCUAGGCCGAGUGCUCCUCAAGCCCACUGCCAACGGGCCCAAGCAGGCCUACUUCCAGCCCAUGCAAGUCCCCAAGAACAGCCAGGACGCGGAACUGAAGAUCAAACUGGCCGUGCGCAUGGACAAGCCGCCCAACAUGAAGCACAGCGGCUACUUGUACGCGCUGGGACAUCGCGUGUGGAAACGCUGGAAAAGGAGAUACUUUGUUCUGGUCCAGGUGAGCCAGUACACCUUCGCCAUGUGCAGCUACCGCGAGAAGAAGCCCGAGCCUCAGGAGCUGAUGCAGCUGGAGGGCUACACCGUCGACUACUGCCGGCCUCAGCCGGGCCUACAGGGCGGCGCCGUCUUCUUCAACAUGUUGCGCGAGGGCGACCUGCUGGUGUUCGCCUGCGACGACGAGCAGGACCGGCUGCUGUGGGUGCAGGCCCUGUGCCGGGCCACCGGGCAGUCCUACAAGCCGGCCCCGCCCCCCCACGCCAACCGCCGCAAAGCCGACACGCCCUCCUCGCCCAUCAGUCCGGAUCCGUGCGAGCGUCAGGGCGUGGAGGAGCUGGUGUCGGCGUCUCCGUGCCGUUUGGAUCACACGCGCCUCUUUGGCAUUUUGCAGAAGCAAACGCUGCGGCACCGCAUGAACGAUUCCUUCUCCUGCCUGGGUUGGUUGAGUCCGGGCCAGGUGUUUGUUCUGGACGAGUACUGCGCUCGCUACGGCGUGGGCGGCUGCCAGCGCCACCUGAGCUACCUGAAGGAGCUGAUGGACUUGUCUGAGAACAACACGCUGGUGGACCCCACGCUGCUUCACUACAGCUACGCCUUCUGCGCCUCGCACGUGCACGGCAACCGGCCCGACGGGACGGGGACGGUGACGCUGGAGGAGAAGGAGCAGUUCCAGGCUGUCAGGGCUCGCCUCAUGCGCCUUCUGGACAACCACAUCACGCACUUUCGGUACUGCUUCCCUUUCGGGCGACCAGAUGGCGCGCUCAAGGCCACGCUCUCCCUGCUUGAGAGGGUUCUGAUGAAGGACGUGAGCACGCCGCUCGGCAGCGAGGAGAUGAAGGAGGUGCUGCGGCGCUGCCUGGAGAAGGCGGCGGCCGUCAACUACGGCCAGCUGCUGGACUUUGCCAACUGGAAGGCCGGCGGGGCCAGGCGGCUGGAGGACGCCGUGCGUCUGGCCGAGCUGGUCGUCGAGGUCCUGCAGCAGAACGACGAACAUCACGCCGAGGCGUUUUCGCCGUGGCCCGAGCUGAUGCGCGAGCACGCCGAGCACUUCCUGGCGCUGUACCGCCUGGACCUGGGCUUGGCUCUGGAGGCGCAGCCCGUGGAUUCGUGGAGCAGCUUUCCGCUCUUCCAGCUCCUCAACGGCUUCCUCGCCGCCGAUGCCCAGCUGUGCGACGGGCCCUUCCACAAGCACCUCCAGGACGCCUUCGUCCCUCUGGUGGUGCGCUACGUGGACCUGAUGGAGUCGUCCAUCGCGCAGUCCGUCCACCGCGGCUUCCAGCAGGAGACCUGGCAUUCCGUCAAGAACGGCUCGGCCACGUCGGAGGAUCUCUUCUGGAAGCUCAACGCGCUGCAGAUGUUGGCGCUGGAGCUGGACUGGCCCGAGCCCGCCUUCGCCGAGCACCUGCAGCGGAGACUCAAGCUGAUGGCCAGCGACAUGACCGAGGCCUGCGUCAAGAGGACCAAAAGCGCCUUUGACGCCCAACUGCAGAAAGUCAGCAAGUGGACGGAGCUGCGCGUGCCGCUGUGCGCCUGCACCAUGUUGAACGUCGUGGCUGACUCCAAGAGGCGCUGCCCUGAGCUCUGCGCGCUGGACACUGGCCAGGAGACGACGGACACGCAAUGGCAGCACUAUCACUCCAAAAUCGACGUGCUCAUCGACGACGCCUUCCAGGACAUGAUCUCUGCACUCGUAGCCAAGUUGGGUGCGGUGUUGGACGCGGUUCUGUCCAAGCUGUCGAGAUACGACGAAGGAACUUUGCUGUCCUCCAUCCUGUCCUUUACGGUGAAAGCAGCUGCCAAAUACGUGGAAGUUCCCAAAUCGGGCACGGACCUGGCCGACGCCUACGUCACCUUCGUCCGGCAGAACCAGGACAUCCUCCGUGAGCGCAUCGGCGACGAGCUGUGCAUCGAAAGAAUCUUUGACCAAUGGUACAGCGUGUCCACGAAAGCCGUGUGCGUGUGGUUGGAGGAUCGACUGGACCUUCAGCUGCACGUGUACCAGCUCAAGAGCCUCAUCAAGAUGGUCAAGAAGGGCUACCGAGACUUCCGUCUCCAGGGCGUGGCGGAUGGCACGCUCAACGGCAAAAGCUACGUGACGGUGUACAACCGACUGACGGUGGAGGAGGCCACGCUGGCCGUCAAGGCAGGAGACGCCCUGGACGGCGGGGUCAGCAUGCGGGACAGCGACCAGGACGACGACUGAAGCUUGCGGUCGUCGCAAGGCCUCCAACUUCCAGCGUCAAGUUAGUGCCAAAAAAAGCUGAGCCGGCUUCUUGAGUGAGGCUAAUGCUAAUGCGGGCGUCAAUUCUCUUCAAAUGUGAGCUUUUAGUGACAUACAAAAUAAUAACCAGACGAAUCUCUUUCAAACCGCCACCAUAAAUGUCAAGGACAGCCGAGGAAGGGAUUUGGCGUGCCCACUCCCGUUUAUCAUGUCGUAUGGCCGGUUCCAAGGGUGUGUACACUUGCGCAGCUGCAGUUUUUUUUCAGUUGUAUGGGUUAAAAGUCACAUUUAUCGUUUGCUAAUCAUUUGUCUCUUUUUAAAUAUACACCCAAAGAAAAUGUCAUUUAUACAGGGGUGUGUAGACUUUUCAUAUCCAGGGUUAAAAGUCACAUUCAUCGUUUGCUAAUCAUUUGUCUCUUUUUAAAUAUACACCCAAAGAAAAUGUCAUUUAUACAGGGGUGUGUAGACUUUUCAUAUCCACUGUGGGUAUAUGAAAAUAUUUCUUUUCCCAAACUUGAGCAAAAUGAAUGCGUGCCCGUCAAUAAAUAUUUCUAAGCAGUUGACAAUUGAAGCAAGUGGCCUUGUCAGAGGCUGGAAGAAAUGAACACCUCCCUCAAAUUGAGCCAAGCGCAACAAUUGCCGCACACACACGCACACGGACGGACGAGUUGGAGCCAAUUUGAAGUGGUGCCAAACUUCAACAGCAGCGCCAAGCAGUCUCUCGGAGGAGUCGAAUGGUCCACAUGAGCAGAUCAACGGCUCCCUCAAAACGACACGCUCGCUCGCUCGCCGGCCGGCCCGCAUGACAAUCUCGCUCCAAUGGAAGAGCAGCAGUUGACGACUGAACCGGAAGACAACAGCGAAAAGCUUCCCUCGGGGCCAACUUGUGAGCGCCUCCCUCGAAUCGAUGACGACGCACACGUCCAUUGGUACGGAUGUGUGUUGCGAACCAAAACGGCAGCAACCUUUCGGACGAAGCAACAAAUGAAUGGCUCCCCUCAAAUAGGCACCUCCCACUUGACUUGUGAACCAACAUGGAAUCCAACCCUUCCGCUUGAAAAAAUGGACAAAAGUAAAGGCAAGAAGGAACUCCUCCCUCGAGUAGACGCCCUCGUUCAGUGCCGGCCCGGGGCCUCUGAGCUCUCGGUUGCUAACCAAAAUGGCAGCAGCUAAACCAGAGGCUCCCAGGCCAACCAAGACUCCUCAGCAGGGUGACCUCUGGAUCGCGCCCCCUUGUGGACGAUUGCGUGGAUCGCAAAAUGCAUCUUUUUUGGGGGGUCUCGUACUUAAUGGAGUAAAUUGAACGAAUGGAGAAACAUUGAAUGUAUUUGUAUUUUGGGGGGGGGGAUUAUUAUUUGAAUGUUUUGAAUUGUUCUUGAAGCUGUGCUCACGUGUGCUUGUUGUGAUCCAAAGAAGGACAAAUGUAUUGAUAUGUCACGUAUACUGUCCAAUAAAAGCGUGUUGAAAGCCGUGAUGUCGAAA